AUGUUGAAAGAGUGCUUAGUUUCAGCUUUUGUAGCAGAUGUUCCCAAUAAUGUUUUGUCAGUGGGCAGCUUGCUGCGAAAGGGUUGGUCAUUAAGCAGUUCCGGAAGUGAAUUGGAAGUGCGCUUUGGAGGAUACAAUUUGGACUUGGUGACAUGGCAGAAUGUGCCAUGGAUUUUUCACGAAGUUGAGACGGUCAUGGACUUUUCCGAUGAUCGCGAUUUGCAGAAGACAUUUUGGAGCCGUCGGAAAAUCCAUGAUGGUCCGGUGAACACGGUUGAGCAUUUGAGCGAAACUGACAAAUCCAUGUUGAUGACAACCAAGAGACAGCCAGAUGUUUCAUUGGAAGAACUUGACCCCGCUGCUGCAUCCUCUUCUAGCCCAGCAUAUGUUAGUAGUAGGCCUGUUUCCGAUAGUGAAUCUCCAUACCGUGAAAGCCUCAGUGUGGAGCCUAACUCUAUUCCGGAUUCGAACGAGCCUUUUGAUUAUGAGCCCAAUAUGAUUGUAGACACAAACACAGGAUUUGCAUCCAUUCCUUCAGAAGAGUCUUCAGAGCAUCCAGAGCAUCCAGCUGUAUUGCGAAAACGAGACUUGAAUAAAUCCAAGCUUGAACAACACCGCCGUCAAGGCCAUUUUCCAUUCCAUGCAGAUUGCCUUUCUUGCCAAGCAGCCAAGUCCACGACUCACCACAGAAGAAAGAAGAAGUCGGUGUUGAGCAGUGAGAUGGCAUGUGAUUUUUUCUUCUUGAACUUGGAUAAAGCAAACAAAGAGUCUUUCAAGUAUCUAAUCAUGGUAGAUUUGACCGCUGGAAUGAAAGGCGUGGCCCCUGUCCAGUCGGACAUUCGUUUGUCGCACCGAUGGAUACAGGCCUGGCUUGGCGAAUUCAAUAUGUCCACAGAAUGCCCCGAGCCAAUUGAAAUUAUCACGGACGCAGAAGAAGCUGUUUCAAGUUUCAUGAAAGGUGCCAUCAACCACAGGCCAGCUUCAUUUGUCAAAGCGCCGCCGCAAGGUCACCAGACCAUUGGUGGAGCAGAGGCUGGAGUCCGAGCCAUUAAAGAUGCGUUCAACACUCUUCGGCAAGACUUGCGUGAGAAUGGCUGUGAUGUUUGCAUCAGGAAUCAGACAGCUGUGAAUGUGCCAGCUAGCUUGAAGAAAGAUUGCAUUUCCCGAUUUGAGAAGGCAACGUAUUUGCGACCUGAGUUCAACUCAUUGGGGGAUGUAGUUUGUACUGUCAUUGGGGGGCAAGAACGUUUCUUUGUUUGCAAGAGCUUUAAGAUUGUUUCCCCAUUGGAGUGGGACAUCUCCUUGUCUCCAUCUGUUUUGCAUUUUUUCGACCGGAUGCAGCCUGAUGUUUCCAUUGAAGAUCUCUCCGCAAAGAUGUCUGUGCGACGUUUGAGUGGCAAGCAGAAGCCACCGCCAGGCCUGGGUGAAGCUGAUCAACCCGUCCAGCAGAGGUUUCCAGACUUUCCAGCAAACAGAGAGAAACGAGUUUCGUUUGAUCUUCCAAAGAAUCAACCCAUACCAGAAAGUCUCCCAGUUGAAGGGGGUCAACAUCUCGAUGAGAAUCCACAUGAUGUUCCAUAUUCGCCCAGCCUUGCACCCAGUUCUCCAAAGGCGUUGGACGAGCCAGAAGUCAUCCAUGACAUGGAAGUAGACGACUCUGCUGACGGAAUGGUAGAUCUAAGUGAAUUUGCAGCUGCUGGAGGCGAACCUACAGCCACGGAAGCUAUGGAGCUAGAUUUGGUAACAGCCUUGGAUAACUUUGAGCUUUCGUAUUUAGAAGAGCGUCACAUUGGCAUGUUGCAAUCGGUUUAUCAGAUCCGUGGAGUGAAACCCAAGAGCAGCAAGGCAAACCUUUGUGGGGAAGAAAUCUUACUUUUGUUUCCUGGAUAUGUCAUCAGUGACGCCAAUGGCCAAUAUCUUGACAAAGACCUUGCGUAUGCAGGGAUGCACACUGAAAUCGAUUCCAUGACCAGUCAGAAGGUUGGCAGACCAAUCCAUGAGCAGGAAGCCCAGCGUCUUGCCAAGCAAUGGCAGAUUAGUAUAAUCACUUGCCGAUGGGUUUGUGUUGAGAAAGAUCCCUUGAAUGUUCGCAUGCGACUAGUUGCACGGGAAAUGGCAAAAGGAAAGAGUUCUGCCCGUGAACUCAUGGUUUCUUCGCCUACUUCCAGCAUUGAAUCUUUGAGAAUCCUCAUUGCAGAAGCAGCAGUCCUGGACCUGGUGAUUCUAGGCCUGGACAUCAGUGCUGCAUUCAUGGCUUCUCCUCUAGGCCAUAAAUGGCUUGAGAACAAGCGGUUUGGCUUGGGUAGAACACUUAAGUAUUUGCAUUUGCCGUUCAAGACCAUUUGGCCCUACACCUAA